AUGUUUGAAUACAGCCUGCAGGUCAAACAACAUCCAUCACUCCAGCUCCCUCCGGUGAAACACAGCCUGCAGAUCUACCAACAUCCAUCACUCCAGCUCCCUCCAGUGAAACACAGCCUGCAGAUCUACCAACAUCCAUCACUCCAGCUCCCUCCAGUGAAACACAGCCUGCAGCUCUACCAACAUCCAUCACUCCAGCUCCCUCCGGUGAAACACAGCCUGCAGAUCUACCAACAUCCAUCACUCCAGCUCCCUCCAGUGAAACACAGCCUGCAGAUCUACCAACAUCCAUCACUCCAGCUACCUCCAGUGAAACACAGCCUGCAGAUCUACCAACAUCCAUCACUCCAGCUACCUCCAGUGAAACACAGCCUGCAGCUCUACCAACAUCCAUCACUCCAGCUACCUCCAGUGAAACACAGCCUGCAGAUCUACCAACAUCCAUCACUCCAGCUACCUCCAGUGAAACACAGCCUGCAGAUCUACCAACAUCCAUCACUCCAGCUCCCUCCAGUGAAACACAGCCUGCAGCUCUACCAACAUCCAUCACUCCAGCUACCUCCAGUGAAACACAGCCUGCAGAUCUACCAACAUCCAUCACUCCAGCUCCCUCCAGUGAAACACAGCCUGCAGCUCUACCAACAUCCAUCACUCCAGCUACCUCCAGUGAAACACAGCCUGCAGAUCUACCAACAUCCAUCACUCCAGCUACCUCCAGUGAAACACAGUCUGCAGCAGGUGCUACUGCGGUGCUUAGGAGUUGACUGGGAGUGGUAGGGGCUGAUUCUGACCUCUGAGUCCUCUGCUGGGAUUAGAGUCUGCUGCUAUGUUGCCCGGUGUCUUCAUCUGAGAUGGACUGGGAGGAUAUUUUUAUUCUGCACCAGAGAAAGACUUUGAAAAGGUCAGACGGACAAUGUGAUGGAUACAACCGAGGCAACUUCAGCACCACAACAACAACAACAACAACGACAAAAUGGACGACCUUGGUGACACACAACCAAGAGUGCAGACACAUGAGUCUGGAUUUAUGGGAAUGAAACAUUUUCAGACUAAAUACACAAUGAUUUGAUGAUCACUUGAAAAGAGGUGAGAUUUUUGUAAUCUUUAUGAUCCCACAAAUUUCUUUUACAUUGAGAUUUGUAACAAGUCGUGAAACUUGUAACAUGCAUCCAUUAUCUUAGCGUACCGUCUGUGUCAUUGGACUUCUACACAGAUUUAAAAGAAAAGCAUCUCCAACAGAAUACUUGUUAUUUAUUAAUAUUGUUAAUUUUAUUAGUAUUAUGACGUUGUAAUCAACCUUUUUCAAAUACUUUUUGAAAAACAGUGUAUUGUAUAUAUAUGUAUAUAGUCAGCUAUAUGUAAAUUAUGGUUUUCCAUUCUUGUAUUGUUUUGUUGCAAACAGUCCUACACUUCAUCUGGUGCUGUGCACUUUAAACUAUUAUUUUAAUGUGACGCCCAAAUCAAGUAAAUAAAUACAUUAAAAUAAA